AGCCGGGGUGACGAACAAACACGAGAAAGCGACUCUGAUGAAACGGGCUGACGUCGACUGGACAGAAUGAGAAUAUUGUGAUUUUCAGUGCUGAUCCGGCGAGUGUUUGUGACAAACGGUGCUCUAGUGCUUGCAGUAGUCUGUCCUGACCUGCCUGAGUUGGUGCUGGUGCCGAGAUUUGCUGCAAAAGUCCAGGAAAACACAAAGUGGAGAAGAAGUUCAUCAAAACAUAACCUCCAAUUGUGUAACUGUAUUUCUGUGGGUGUCUCUGUUUGUCCGGUGGAGAGACUCCUGGAGUGUUUGGUGUGUUGUGAAGGUCGAGCAGGAGCCUGGAGGAAGACACGGGGAUGGCAUCGUGUGUUGGUGAGGAGAUCCGGGCACCGCUCACGGUGGACACGGAGCUGACCCAGAAGGCGAAUGGGACCCAGACUCCCAGAUCACCAUCUUCUCCGGCUGCCCUCAUGAAGAUCAAGACCUAUUUGCUGGCUCUGCGUCCGUGGUCGCUUUCAGCCAGCCUCGUGCCCACAUUACUGGGCUCAGCCCUUGCAUAUCGCUCAUCGCAUGUCCACGACUUCAAUCCCUUCACCUUCCUCCUCACCCUCUUCACCAUCAUCUCCGUUCACUGUGCCGGGAAUGUCGUCAACACGUACUUCGACUUCGUCAAGGGCAUCGACAACCGCAAGUCCGACGACAGGACUCUUGUGGAUCACAUUCUGACAAAAGACGAGGUGGUGUCUCUGGGCGCUGUGCUGUAUUUGGCAGGAUGUGUUGGCUUCAUCCUAUUGGCGAUGUUUAGUCCGGCCCGAAUGGAGCACCUAGCCCUGGUUUAUUUUGGCGGAUUGAGUUCUAGUUUCCUGUAUACUGGAGGAAUCGGUCUCAAAUACAUCGCCCUCGGAGAUGUACUGAUUCUCAUCAUCUUCGGGCCUAUUUCAGUAUUAUUUGCGUUCAUGUCACAGACGGGCUAUUUUGAGUGGACCACAAUCUACUAUGCAAUCCCAUUGGCUCUCAACACCGAAGCCAUUCUCCAUAGCAACAACACGAGGGACACGGAAUCGGACAAGAAGGUAGGAAUUGUGACAUUGGCCAUUCUUAUUGGUCGAACAGCAUCACAGGUGCUGUAUGCCCUGCUCCUCUUCACACCAUACAGCAUGUUUGUUGUGCUGGCGGUGAAGUAUUCAGUGUGGUAUCUCCUGCCCCUGGUCACACUGCCACAUGCCUUCCGGAUCGAGAAGCAAUUUCGCAAUCCGACCAGCAUGCACAGCGUCCCACGACAGACGGCAAAGUUGAACCUCUUCUUUGGGCUCCUCUUUGUCCUCACGAUAUUCUGUACGCCCCAUUUGCCCUUCAUCACCAGGAAGUAACUGUACUACCCAGAGAUAUCCCUCCUUUAGCAAUUAUAAUGGCUCCCUUCCCAUCCCAAAAACUCAUCUACUCUCAUUCUUAUGAUACUUUUCAUUUUUUUUUAAAUGUUACUUUUUGUUAAAUGUAAUGUUUUCACCAAGAGCAGUUGAGAUUUUUAUUGGGAGUUUUUUUUGUCGCUGGACUCCUCAUGAAAAAAGUGAAUAGAUGGAAAAAUAUAAAAUUUACUAUAAAGAAAAA